AUGGUCAGAGGUUCCCGAGCACAGUAUGCAGCCGUCGCAGCACCCGAGCGCUCCCGCGACCGCGUCACAGUCAGUGGCGGCCCCGAGGCCGUCAGCGCCGGAACCGGUGCGGCAUAUCGAGCCGCCCGGCUCCCCGUCGGAGGCGCCACCACCACCGCCACCACCGUCGUCGCAACAGCAGCACGACGACGCAGCAAGAGCGUCGUCGACGAAAUCAGACCGUGCGCGAAGGAUCGCGCGCGCCAAACAGAAGAUAGCCAGACUCAAACUGCGUGCCACAUGCACCGCCGCCCGGCGUGUCACACACACGCACCACCGCCGCCACCCGGCGCGCCACACGCGCUGCCGACCGGCGUAUCGAUCGCACAGCAGCUCGCCGCGCCGCUAUCGGGCGUGGCGCCGCCGCACAGCGUACAGUUGAAGCAAUCGUCGUCAUCGAAGCCGCCGCCAGCAGCAACGGGGUAUCAUCGGUCCGAGGGACAAUUCGACCUUAACGAGCUGGCGGCCGCCAUCGCGCAGGCCGCGCGCCCACAUGGGGCCACGCCGCGAUUCAUCGGAGAACUGAUGCCCUUCGGGGGCUCGCAUCUCGACUGGCUCGCCUUCAGAGCGGGCUAUCAAGAAACAGAGAGAUACUUCACAGAAAUCGAGAAUACAGCCCGCCUGCGACGGGCUUUGAAAGGAAAAGCCAAGGAAGCGGUUAGCAGUUUACUCAUAGUAAACACUAGCCCGGCGGAAAUAAUCGGCGAACUCGAGACAAGAUUCGGCAGACCGGAGACGAUUGCGCUCGCCGAGCUCGAACGACUUCGCAACGUACAGAAGCCUACAGAUGCGCCACGGGACAUAAUACAGUUCGCGAGUCGAAUAAAAAACAGCGUCGCUACACUCCGCGCACUCCAGCAGCCGCAGUACAUGUACAAUCCGGAAGUGGUCAAGCAAGUGACAGAGAAGCUGACGCCGUCGCUGCGGUACCGGUGGUUCGACUUCAGCCGGGACCAGCCGCCAGAGGAGCCGGACCUCGUGCGCCUUCACCGCUUCGUGACCAGGGAGGCGGAGGCGUGCGGGAAGUACGCAGACCCCGAGCUCGUCGGCGGCGCCGAGGAGCAGCAGCAGCGCGCGGCGCCACGCAACCGGCCGCAGCGCGCCUACAACAGUCGGAGUGACAGCGAAAAGUGCGACAACAGAAGCGAAAAGUGUCCAGUGUGCAGUUUACCGAACCAUAGCGCCGACAAGUGUAGAAAAUUUGUGCGUGCGAACAACAGUGAACGAUGGAGCAUAGCGAAAGCGGAUCGACUAUGUUUCCGUUGCCUGAACCCCAGGAGAGGGGGGCAUAAGUGUGAAGACCGUCAGUGUGGAGAGGACGGCUGUGAGAGGACCCACCACCCAUUACUGCACUUCAAGAAACCCGAAGUGCCAGCCAACCGGAGUGAAACAGUGACAGCAGCAAACUCAUCUGGAAAGUUAACCGUAAGUUUCCUCAAAAUUCUACCAGUGACAGUGGUGGGCCCCAAGGCCAAUAUAGACACAUUCGCACUAUUAGACGACGGCUCUACAGUCACACUCGUAGACGAAGACCUGGCUAAGCGCGCGGGCGCUACAGGACCCAUAGACCCAUUGAGCAUAGAAGCUAUAGCGGGGGCCCGCGUCACGCGUACCGACUCGCGACGAGUGAAACUUGUGCUACGAGGACAGGAUGAAGAGCACUCCCUGCGAGGCCGCACUAUCAAGAACUUACGACUGGCGGCCCAGCACAUUGACCGAGACUUGUCAAAAUAUCAACACCUUCAAGAUAUCGAAACGCGAGUGCGGUAUGCGGAGGCGCGGCCCACUAUCCUGAUCGGGCAGGACAAUUGGGAACUCCUACUGGCCAACGAGGUACGACGUGGCGCCGCAACAGAACCGGUGGCGUCCCGCACACCCCUGGGGUGGGUGCUCCACGGCUCAAGCAGCCGGAGCCUGGGGCACACAGUCCACCACGUAUACAGGCUCAAUGAAGAGAGCGACAAUAGAAUAGAAGAAAUGAUCAAGAAGCAUUUCGCAAUCGAAUCGUUGGGCGUGACGCCCAAGAAAACGCGCGCCGACCCCGAAGAGCGGGCGCUUCGCAUCCUGGAGAGUGAAACCAUCAAGCUGCCGACAGCGGGCUACGAAACGGGCCUACUUUGGGCCACCGACCACCCCGAGCUGCCCAACAAUUACGACCAGGCCUUGACGCGCCUACACAGCACAGAGCGCAAGCUGGACAAGCAGCCGGAGCUCGGGGCGGCGUACGAGCGGCAGAUGACACAGCUGAUAGAAAAAGGAUACGCAGAGGAAGCCGCCACCGCACCAUCGACCACCGGGCGCAUCUGGUACCUGCCUCACUUCCCGGUGCUCCAUCCAGCCAAGCCCGGGAAGGUGAGGCCAGUCUUCGACGCCGCCGCUCGCACGAAGGGUACGUGCCUGAACGACCACCUGCUGUCGGGUCCGGACCUCCUGCAGUCGCUGCCGGGGGUGCUGAUGCGCUUUCGCCAGCACGCCGUCGCCGUCGCCGCGGACAUACAAGAGAUGUUCCUGCGAAUACAAGUUCACGAGAAAGAUAGAGAUGCGCUGCGCUUCUUGUGGCGCUCACACCGGCGGGAGGGACCGCCCACAGAGUACCGGAUGAAGUCGGUCAUCUUCGGAGCAGCUUGCUCACCGUGCACGGCGUUGUUUGUCAAGAAUCACAACGCCGAGCGUCAUCGGGCCGACCAUCCGGACGCAGCCGAAGCCAUCGUGCGUCAUCACUACAUGGAUGAUUAUCUCCAGAGUUUUGAAACAGUUGAAGAAGCAGUUAGAGUGAGCACCGACGUGCGCACAGUGCACGCGGAUGCCAAUUUUCAUUUGGCCAAGUGGGCCUCGAAUCGCUCCGAAGUACUAGAAGUCCAUCGGGCGGAAGCUGCCGCCACUCGGGACGUCACACUUGAAGACAUCGAAGAGAAGGUCCUGGGCCUCACCUGGAGGCCGACCUGCGACACCUUGGGAUUUAAUCUGAACUUCGCCCGGGUGCCUGACGGGUAA